AUGUUCCGCAUCCAUCUUCUGGACACUUGUUGGAGCAGAGGCAGACUUGAGUUUGCUGGAGCCUGGGUGGGCACAGCUCUGACCUUCACAGAGCCGAGUGUGACUGACCCUGAGGUCCAGGCGCCGCAGAGGAACCAGAGGUACACAGGGGGACGCACCGCUGGUAAUCUGCUAAUCCCUGAAGCGGAGUACAUGUCAGAGCUGCUGCAGCCCUACGCCCCCAGAGCCCUCAGACCUGCAGCUCCUCCUCACUGUUCCCAAGUCCAGACUUAG